AUGGAGAAAAGAAAAGCUCAAAGAGACGAGCCUGCUCGAAAACCAUCCUUUCACCGCUCCUGCACUGACUGCGAGGGGACGGCGUGCAGCCUGGAGAUCAAAGACGACCAGGUGAUCAGCGGGGGGUCUUUUGCAUAUCUGACACCUCCACAAAGACGUAUGUGGUUCCAGAGGAUCUCCUACCAGGACUCCAACUACAGGCGCUCUAUUCCAGCUGAAGAGCGCCUGUCCAUCUGUCUGCGGUUUCUUGCCACUGGGGACUCCUACAGGACCAUUGCGGGGAGCUUCAGAGCGGGCAUAUCCACCGUCUCCAUGCUCAUCCCAGAUGUGGUGGCAGCCAUCUGGGACUGCCUCGUGGAGGAGUUCAUGGCUGUGCCUGGAGCAGAGGAGUGGAGGUAA